AUGUCUUCCUCUUUUUGUUUAUCUUCCACUAGAAACAGCACCACCCCAGAAGCUUUAUUAGUUCAGAAUUCUCAUCUCUAUCUCCCAAGAAAAAGGUUUUGCGUACUUAAUAAUGAAAUCCCACUAAAACAAGUGAAGCCUCUUUCACUUGUAAGAUUAGGAAGCCAAGGUUUUGUGCACCCUUCUGCUGCCAUAUCACCCUUUGCAGAAGCAGAAGGUGAAGGAGGUGAAGAGAUUGCUGAACCCCAUGACGAAAAGUCUGAUAAUGAAUUGCCUGGAAUGGCACAGGCUUUUCACAUAUCUUCAGGCAUAGCUUCUGCAAUAUCAGUAUGCAUUGCAGUGGCUGCUCUCUGUUUCCCAUUUUUUAUGAAAUCUUUGGGUAUGGGAUUGGAUUUAAAGACAAAAGCUUUGUCAUAUGGUACACUUCUGUUUGGAUUCUACAUGGCCUGGAAUAUUGGAGCCAAUGAUGUGGCUAAUGCAAUGGGAACUUCAGUAGGGUCAGGCGCGUUGACUCUCCGGCAGGCAGUGUUGAUGGCGGCAGUUUUGGAAUUCUCAGGGGCGUUGCUUAUGGGUACUCAUGUUACCAGUACAAUGCAGAAGGGAAUUCUUGUUGCCAAUGUUUUUCAAGGGAAGGAUACAUUGCUUUUUGCUGGUCUGCUAUCUUCCUUGGCUGCUGCUGGUACUUGGUUACAGGUUGCAUCGUACUAUGGUUGGCCAGUCUCGACAACACAUUGUAUUGUGGGAUCAAUGGUAGGAUUUGGUCUUGUUUAUGGGGGAACUGGUGCUGUUUUCUGGAGUUCACUGGCAAGGGUAACUUCAUCAUGGGUCAUCUCACCUCUGGUGGGGGCAAUGAUGUCAUUUCUAGUCUAUAAGUGCAUUCGCAGGUUUGUUUACAGUGCUCCUAACCCAGGACAAGCAGCUGCUGCAGCUGCACCAAUUGCAGUUUUUCUGGGCGUCACUGGAAUUUCUUUCGCAGCCUUCCCGCUAAGCAAGACAUUUCUUGUGGCUCUUGCCCAGGCUUUAGCAUGCGGCACAGCUGGUGCUAUUAUAGUCUAUAGAAUUAUACGGAAGCAAGUCGGUCACCUACUUGAUAAAUCCAAUACAAGUGAAUCAGAGGCAAAGGAGGAAACUAGUUCCAGUAAAAAUAUUGGAUUCCUUUCAGAUAUAGCUGGUCCUAAAGGCGACCAGCUAGAAAUAGUUUAUGGAGUUUUCGGCGACAUGCAAGUCCUGUCUGCAUGUUUUAUGUCAUUUGCUCAUGGAGGAAAUGAUGUCUCCAAUGCAAUAGGCCCAUUAGCUGCAGCUUUAUCUAUUCUUCAAGGUGGAAUGAGUGGAAGUGAGAUCGUUAUUCCUAAUGAUGUUCUAGCAUGGGGUGGAUUUGGGAUUGUCGCAGGGCUAGCAAUGUGGGGAUAUAGAGUUAUAUCAACAAUUGGGAAGAAGAUAACAGAAUUGACACCAACCAGAGGAUUUGCAGCAGAGUUUGCAGCUGCGUCUGUUGUGCUGGUUGCAUCGAAGCUAGGACUCCCCAUCUCAGCCACCCAUACUCUGGUCGGAGCUGUGAUGGGGGUUGGGUUUGCUAGAGGACUUAACAGUGUAAGGGCAGAAACAGUGAGGGAGAUUGUCACUUCUUGGGCUGUGACAAUUCCAGCUGGUGCCAUGUUUGCUGUUAUUUACACAUGGAUCUUGACUAAGCUUUUAUCAUUCAUUCUCUGA